AUGCUGACCGACACCGAAAAGAGAUACUCUACCAACGACAGGAAACUGUUGACUAUUCACAGCGCGGUAAAACAUUUCCGUCACAUGCUGGAAGGUAGGCAGUUUAAAGUUCUAACUGAUCGCAAACCCCUGACUUUUGUAUUUCACAAAGUUAACGGUAACAGUUCUCCUAGGCAGUGUCGUCACCUCGAAUUUAUCUCUCAGUUCACCACUGAUAACCGUUAUGUGAGCUGGGAGGGCAAUUCUGUGGCUGACGCACUGUCAAGAGUUUCUACUAUUAAAGUCCUCAACUCUAUUGAUUAUCAAGGAACUUUAAGUCCUUACGUCCUCCUUUGUUUCUGUGAAUCUGUUUUCAGAACUCUUCACCAACUUCAUCAUCCUGGAGUGAAAGCUAGCGUAGAUCUUAUACGCAAGCGCUUCAUCUGGAAGGACUUGAGACGAGACGUCACCAUGUGGACCCGAGCGUGCCUUGAUUGCCAACGAUCGAAGGUCCACCGCCACACAAAGAGCAGCCUGGGUACCUUUUCUACUUCCAUCUGCAAUGUUUUUCCACUUAAACUGCAUUAUAUUCGGUCCUCUUCCACCUGCAACGGAUACCAGUACCUCCUGACAGUCGUCGACCGGUUCUCCAGAUGGCCUGAAGCAUUUCCUAUGACUGACCAGAAGACUGAAGCCGUGGCCAAGACCCUCUUCGACAGCUGGAUUUCCCGCUUUGGAGUGUCGGAGUUCAUAACAACGGACCAAGGCCGUAACUUCGACGGACAUCACUUCGAAGAAUUCACUCAGUUCCCGGGCACCUACCGAACACGAACAACGGCCUACCACCCUCAAGCCAAUGGAGUGGUGAACAAGUUUCAUCGACAGUUGAAGGCGACAAUCAUGUUCCAAGCUACUGAGAAGUGGACUGAAGUUUUGCCUGCCAUCCUGUUCGGGAUUCGUGCCUCGUACAAGGAAAACAUUUCAGCAUCUUUAGCUAAGAUGAUUUUCUGUUCCUCACUGCGACUUCCCGGACAGUGUUUCCGAGAAGAAAGACCUUCUGUUACAAAAGAAGACUUUCUCCGUCAGUUUAGGGAUAGGCUCAGCACUGAUAUCUGUUAUGUGAGCGAGAAGAGCAAAUCUGUGGUUCACUCACUGUCAAAAGUUUCUACCAUUGAAGUUCCGAACUCUAUUGAUUAUCAAGGCAUGGCACAUUCACAAGCUAAGGAUAAAGAGCUUAAUUUUUUGAAAUGUGAUCCUAAAUUUGAAUUUAAACUUCUUCAAACUGAACCCAUCAGUCCUAAACUGUAUUGUGACAUUUCUACAGGAACUUUAAGACCUUACGUCCUCCUUUGUUUCUGUGAAUCUGUUUUUAGAACUCUUCACCAACUUCAUCAUCCUGGAGUGAAAGCUAGCGUCGAUGUUAUACGCAAACGCUCCAUCUGGAAGGACUUGCGACGAAAUUUCACCAAGUGGAUCCGAGCGUGCCUUGAUGACCAACGAUCGAAGGUCCACCGCCACACAAAAUGCAGCCUGGGUGCAUUUUCUACUUCCAUCCGCAAUGUUUUCCCACUUAAACUACAACAUACUCGGUGCUCUUCCACCUGCAAUGGAUACCUCCUGACAGCUGUCGACGGUUCUCCAGAUGACCUGAAGCAUUUCCUAUGA